AUGAAAUUUAUUUUUGCACUCCUGCUUCUGCUGAGUGUUUAUGCCUCCGAGGAGGACUACUCAGUCGAAAAAAAGAAUUACAAAUACUGUGGUGUUGAGCUGUCAUAUUCCAAUUUUAAGGAGUAUAUCGAAUCUCAUGAGCAAGUUCUCGUUGAAUUUUAUUCGGAGACAUGCCCUGCAUGCAAAAGAUUGGAACCUGUUUGGAAUCGAAUUUCUUGCGAGGUCAAGAAGGAGUUCCCCGGUCUCGUCUUUGCGAAGAUUGAAGGAAACCAUAAUUUGGAUAUUAUUGAAGCUUACGGUAUCACUCACACUCCUACGAUUGCCUUUUUCCAGGGAGAUAUUCGUACUCCCACUCGGUACAAUGGAGGCAAGUAUUAUGAGGCCUUGAAGUACUUCAUUCGUGAUAUGCGCAAUGAAGAGAACAAGGGCUCUCCUGCAAUGCUCUUAAAGGAUCUCGAUCAAACCUGGAUGUCCAUUCUCCCCAAUAUUAGUGGCUUCUUUGAGACGAAGGACUGUGACGAGUACCGCGAGUACGUGAAGGCGUGUGUGGCCAUGGGCGACAGCAUCCGUUUGGGAGAGUCUUUCAACAUGACGGUGCGCGACGCGUACGAGCUGCCCAAGCAGCGCGCGACGUUGGUGAUGUUCCGUGACUUUGAUGAGAAGGAAACGAUCUACGACGGCGAGUGGAAGGCGGAGGCCAUCGUAGCCUGGGCUCAGAUGUACAGCCAGCGAACGAUCGGCCGUGCAGAUUCGGAGACGAUCAAGAACUAUUUCAAGGGAAGCGGAAUCAUGGUGCAGCUGUUCGUGAACGGAUCCUACGUGAACGAGAACUGGUACGAGUUCCAAGACUAUUUGUUCGAAAGAGUGGCGCAGCCAAUCAUGGAGAACAAGGUCAGAGAGCGCAACACGUUUUCGAUCAUUGCAAGUGAUGGAGUCGAGUAUGCUCACUGGAUGACGAAUGCAGGAAUGGAAAGCACAGAAUUGCCGGGUUUCUUCCUUAUUGACUUUUCUACGGGAUUGAAAUAUGGUGCUCGCGGUGUAUCCUCGAUGGAGACACUGGAUACGGACUUGUACAAGUUUAUCGAUGAGUACACAUUGGGACUUCUUCCUCCUCUCCGUAAUAACAAUGAAGAGGAUGAACUGUAA